AUGGCCGUCCAGACACAGACGUCACACUCACCGGCCCUCGGGUCUUCUUCGCUAGCAACUAAUAGCCCUCGGUUGAAACCAGCUCUGACCCCCGGAACUAACUCAUUACCCGAGGGUUCAGAAUUCGAAGUCCCCGAUAACAACUUUGGCAAGUUGAUACGCCAGCUCCGGCAGAUUUUGGGUCCCAAUAAAGGGAUCCUGUCGGCCGACGUGGAUGUGGACAAAAUCCGGGAGGUGAUGGAACAAUAUAAUUCUGAUGAAUCGGAGUGGGGCAAAUAUGCACUCCACGAUGGAACUCGAGCAUAUUCAAGAAAUGGAGUGGUGGAUAUUAAUGGCAAUGCCAAUUUAUUGGUGCUUGUGUGGAGUCCUGGUCGCUCAAGUGCCAUCCAUGACCACGCCAAUGCCCAUUGCUGCAUGAAAAUAAUCAAGGGACAACUAAAAGAGUCACUUUAUGAUGUUCCAGACCACGAGGGAGAAUUGCAUCCACGCCAAGAAACCAUCUUGUCACGAAACGAAGUGGGUUACAUUUCUGACGAGAUUGGGUUGCACAAGAUUUCGAAUCCGCUUGAGGACCAAGUUUCUGUUUCGUUGCAUUUGUAUACUCCUCCUUAUGCUUCUUUAUAUGGUUGUUCCAUGUACGAGGCUGCAUCGGGAAAGAAGCAUCAUGUUGAUAUGAGUAAGUAUUAUAGCUGGCAGGGGGUUCUCGUGAAUCCCAAGAACUCACUGAACUGCUGA